UUUGAACUUAACAAACUGUUACUAUUACAUUCCAUUAAUUACAUUACUUACAUUAUGUAAUUUAUCAAUUAUCAGAUCAGGGAUUUGCCAUCUUUAUGGCCUGGCACUGCACAGUGUUAAACAGUAGCUCUUAUAGUAAUGAGUCACAUAUUUAUUUUCCCUUGCUGCCUGCAAUAAAAGGUCGGGUUUCUGCCAAAUCUCCCAGAUGUUUCCGCACUUCGCUAUAAAUUCUGUUUGUGCAAAGCAACAGUAAGUAUAACCUGUAAAGAUGUCAGCCAUACAACGUGUGCUGAUAGUUACUCAGGAGUCAGUCACUGCUCUUCAAAAAGCUGGGCGAGAGUAUUAGCCUCCAGUCCAGAAACUCAAGUCAGAUGUUGCGUCUUUCCCCCUUCCGAAAAGUGAGGAGGGGCGUCCUCAACCAGGAGCCAUCUGCCUAGCUUAUAAUGGGAAUCACAAGUGUUAAAGUAAUUCCAUCCCAGCUCAAACCUCCCUCCCUUUUUUAGCAGACUCCCAAAAAAAGCAAAAAAAAACAAAUUGCCAGUAGAAUGAGGCUUGACUCUUUGCUUGCCAGACACUCAGUAGGCUGCUCAGCUCUUCAGUGCAAAGGACAAUAUGGAAAGUAGCACUCAGUCAUAUAGUCAGCAAACCCUCUGGAAAGAUGUGGAGGUGGGGAAAGAGAAGAAGGCCAGACACAGCUGCUACCAGAAAGCCGCCGUCGUCCUGUCCCUGGUGUUCCUCCUUCUCACCAUCUGUGUCUUCAGUUUGAGGCAUUUCUGGAGCCCAAGUCCAGGAAAGGUCUAUGAUCAUGAGUACACAGCAGUGGUGGACGGUAUGGAGACAGACAGCUUGAUGGAGAUUGAUCCCGUUCAUCGCGUGGAGAUCUUCAGGAUGGGAAAUGACACAGAUGAAAUCCUGGAGGUCCACGAUUUCAAGAAUGGGAUCACUGGAAUCCGAUUCUCCAAGCACCAGAGAUGCUACAUCAAGACCCAGCCCAAGGAGCUGCCCAACAUCCCAGAGCUGGAGGCCGAGGAUGCCGAGAUAGAGGUUGGCGAGUUGGAGACUGUGGAGGUGAAGGUGGAGGACUCGCAGGUGUGGGUCCCAUCGGAGGAGCCCAUCACCAACCACGCCUUCCUGCUGGAGACCAAGAUCUGGGAGGUGUGCCGGGAGCUGCCCAUCCACUGGAUCCACCCCGCCCCACUCCGAGACGCCAAAUUCCACGACGUGGAGGAUGUGGAGGACACGCCCGAUGAGGAGGUCAAAGGUCAGCGCAAGGCCAGGGACGUCCUGGACCACGUGGCAGUGAACGACUAUAGAGAUAUCGGAGUCGAGCUCACCAACGCCCUGGAUGAACAAGGCUACUGCUGUCAGCACUGUCGCCGUGGUUACCGCCACUGCCAGCGUUACCACGAGCCACUGGGCGGCUACUGGCCUUAUCCUUACUACUACCAGGGCGGGCGCGUCAUCUGCCAAAUCAUCAUGCCGUGCAACUGGUGGAUUGCACGGAUGCUCGGCAGAGUCUAGAGGACGUCGGUCGGCGCAUCUCCACGCUCGACUGACUUGGUUGCCUGAUUGAAAGAUUGAUUGGUGCUACGUAGCUCAGGAUAUCUGAUAUACCUUACUUCAUAGUUUGCUGGGCUCCGAUGCAGUAAUGUUUUAUGUAAAUCAUUCUCUAUCAGCGGAGCACACAAACAAACACUAAUUUGAUUGUUUCGUAAGAUUAACUCGAAGCAGAGACUGAAACGUGAGUGCUUGCUCAGCCAUUUUGGCUCUGUUCGUUACUUCCACAACAUUUAUUCGCAAAUUGGCUUUCCAAUGUUUUGUGCAAUGAAUCCUGCGUGACUUGCUUUUCCAAUCAACUGUUCCUUCUUGGUAAACAAAAAUCUCUUGCAGAUGUAAACAACUGGGCACCUUUCUUGGGGUUGAAGUUCUCAAAACUUCAAAAGUUAGAAGUAGUAAUGUUUUCACCAAACUGUUGUUUGCAUGGACCCCUUGAUCUUGCCUUCUUAUUUAAUAGAUGGUUGUGAGGGGUAACUAACGUAUUUCUAUUUCUUUUAUAUUAGAGAUAUACUGUUCUUAACUACUUAAGGACUUACUGUAUUCACAUUUGUUAACAAUUAUGUAGGCAUGUACAACAUGUAACUGUACUGCGUAUAAGCUGAUAAAGAAAUAUGUGAAUUUGAUGUUUUUUAAAUGAAAGAAAAUGUUUACAAA